AUGUCCGACGAUCGCUCGACCUCCCCCAUCUCCGUCCCCAAUUCCCAGUCUCGCCAGCGGCGAGGCUCCCUGGGCGCCACCUUCACCGACCUCUUUGCGAAGCAGAGCAACCCACCCCCCGCGAGCGGCCCCCAGGCGACCGGAUCCAACGGCCAGGCCAACCAUCAGCGCCGGCUGUCGAUUUCAACCCUUGGCCUGUCCGGCUCGCCGACCCAGACCUCCGCUUUUGGAAAUGCCUUCCGCCGGGGCAGCCUGUCGAGCUCCAUGGGCUCCAACGCCCCCAACGGCGAGGAUGCCGUGGGCGAAGAUGCAGAGAGUGCAUCCCCCGGCGCGACGCCCAGCUCACCGUUCGCACGACGGGUCUCCUUCGGCGCCCAGGCGCUGCGGGAGGCUCGCACAGGAAGCAUUGGCAAUGGUAGAUAUCCCCCACCACCCGGGCAGCCGGCCAAAGCAGCCCGAGCCAGCGGGUCCUCGCCCGGCUCGGCGUCGGUCCGCAGCCCACCCCGCUCCCCUGCCGCUGCUGCAAGUACAAACACAGUUGCUUUCCAGGAUGAGAGAUCUAACGCAUCGCGCCGGCCUACAGGCGAAGGCUUCAACUGGACUGAGGCGCUCCGCUCGCGUGCCGAGCGCGCCCCGUCCAUCGGUGGCCCCAUCUCCCCGCCGGGUCCGCAGGGUCAGUCGGCGAUCCGUCAGCCGGGCCAGCAUCAGCGAGCGGCUUCUGUCGCCACUAUGGAGCAGCCCGUUCGGGAAAUGCCCAAGCAGCCUAAGCAGAAUAAGCCGGAUUUCUUCCAGGAGAAGAUCCUUCGCGGUGACUUUAUGGAUUAA